AUGGCGGGGUUGGUGGACAAGGCCAAGAACUUUGUGGCAGAUAAGAUAGCAAAUGUGCCAAAGCCAGAUGCAAGUCUCACAGACGUUGAUUUCAAGAAGGUGAGUUUUGACUCUGCGGAUUACAUCGCUAAGGUGUCUGUCAACAAUCCCUAUUCACAUCCUCUCCCCGUCUGUGAGGUCAAAUACACCCUCAAAAGCGCUGGCAGGGUCAUUGCAUCUGGGAACAUGCCAGAUCCUGGCUCAAUAAAGUCAAGUGGCACUACUGUGUUGGAGGUGCCUGUGAAGGUGCCACAUAGCAUAAUUGUGACAUUGGUAAGGGACGUUGCUAAGGAUUGGGACAUUGACUAUGAGCUGGAUUUGGAUCUCAUCAUUGACCUCCCUCUAGUUGGGAACCUUACCAUACCUCUAUCUAGGAAGGGCGAAAUCAAGCUUCCCACCUUAUCUGAAGCUAUUUGGGGUUCAAAGGAUGAAGCUUCGAAAGAGACUAAAAAGGAGAUUCCAAAAGAGGCAACAAAGUAG